AUGUACUAUGAACCAUUUUUACAAACUUAUAAUCCUGGCUGGCGUGAUCUUCCUAAUCUUCGUUAUGGGAAUCAACAACAAGUUGCUCCACAAUCUACAUCUGUGAGACCACCUGGUUUCACUUUUCAACAGCGAUCUCAACAGAAUUUUGUAUCCAGACCAUCGCAAGUACCGCAAGCUGCUCCACCACCAAGUGCCAAACCUUCCACUGAAGAUUUAAUCAAUGCAAUUGCUACAAAUAUUCUUCAGUUUCAGCAAACUACCCAAGCGUCCAUAAAAAGUUUGGAGAAUCAGGUGGGACAACUAGCGACAUCAUAUAUCAGGUUGGAAGCUCAUCUUUCUAAUAAUUUUUCUUCACAACCUGAGAGGAAUCCCAAGGAGAAUGUAAGUGUGAUAACUUUGCAAAGUGGUAUACAAUAUGAGCCACCCACACAACCUUCAUUGCCAGCUCCAAUUCAAAAGCAAGUAGUAGACAACUCCAUCCAUGAUGAACCAUCAAUGCAUAAAAAUUCACAUAAACCAACUAUGCUAACCUAUGUCACUCGUCUGCCUUUUUCAAGCAAAUUGAAAAAGUUUAAGAAAGAGGAACCUGAAAGGGAAAUUCUUGAGACUUUUCACAAAGUUGAGGUAAACAUUCCAUUACUUGAUGCUAUUAAAGAAGUGCAACACUAUGCUAAAUUUUUGACGGAUUUGUGCACGAAUAAGAAGAAAUUGAAGAAUGAUGAAAAGAUAAGUGUGGGGGAGAACGUCUCUGCUAUUCUCCAAAAGAAGCUGCCACCAAAAUGCAAGGAUCAUGGAACCUUUACAAUUCCUUGUAUGAUUGAGAAUAAAAGGAUUGAGUGGUGUAUGAUAGAUUUAGGAGCAUCGAUUAAUGUCAUGUCUUAUUCAUCAUAUGCUUCUUUAAAUCUUGGGCCACUAAAGGAGACAGGAGUUAUUGUUCAGCUGGCCGAUCGCACUAAUGUUUAUCCUUCAAGGGUAGUUGAAGAUGUGUUGGUAAAGGUUGAUGGACUUGUUUUUCUAGCAGAUUUCUAUAUACUUGAAAUGGGGGAUGCAUCAAUACCCAAUCCAACACCAGUUUUAUUUGGGAGGCCAUUCUUGAUGACAACAAAUACAAAGCUGAAUGUUAGAGCAGAAACGCUGACAAUGGAAUUUGAUGGUGAAGUUAUCAAAUUCAAUGUGUUUGAUUCUUCUGGUAAGAUCAAAGGGAAGGAGACUUCAUUGAAAUACCCAACAUAA